AUGGACGGCCCCGGAUAUACCUCUGCGUCGUCUGCGUCUGCUCAUACCGCAACUUCACAUCGUCGCAAACUUAUUAAGAAACCUCCAUCCUACUUCGGUCGCUCCUCAUCUGGCUUCGAUGGUGGUGCCUUCGACGCCCAGUCCCUCGAGAGCAAACGCAGUUCCCAGAGCCUGAAGAGAGCCCCAAGCGCUCCCCCAGCCCGCUCCAACCCCGCGACCGUGUCCGACUGGCAAGAUUCUGAUCGAUCUCAUCCUCAAUUAUCCGCCAACAACACCCUAAGACCUGUCCCAUCGCCCAUCUCACAUCAGGGCGACUUUACCCCCGCUAAUCACUGGGCGCCUAUUCCUCGUCACUCCGAUCGUCUUUCCGAUUCUCAUUUACGCCCACUAGAUAGCCCUGCUAUUCACGACGACUUGAUCGGUGCUCCCUUUGACGGCGCCGGCCUUCUAAGCAGUAUUGAAUCAAUAAAGAUUCCCAGCCCGAAAGCCCCUACCCGUCAUCGCUCCCCGCCUCAGAUCGUCAAGGCGCCUCUAGACAUCAGCGUUGCGAACCCUGCUUUACGAACCGCAAACAGCUUCUCCGCGAUGGACUCGACUAUGACUGAGAAAGGCCUCGGCCCAAGAGCGCCAACGGAUGGCCCCUCUGUCAAUCCUAAAAGAUAUUCCGACGACGGCAGAGACUCCAAGCCUGCUGUUCUACGUAAAAAGUCUGGAUUUUCUGGUUUCAUGAACAGCUUGGUAGGAUCGCCCAAGAAACCAGUUAUCUCUGCGCCUGAAAAUCCCGUCCACGGUUUGCCGAAAGAAUGGCAGCGGCUUAUCAACGAAAGUGGAAUUCCUGAAAAGGAACGACGAGAGAACCCGCAGACCAUGGUUGAUAUUUUACAGUUUUACAAAGAAACCACUGAGAGACCUGCAGAGGACCAAGUCCUGGAGAAAUUCCAUCAUGCUGGCCAGUAUGCCACCUCUCCGGCAGGCGCAGCAUCACCGGGCAUGUACCCGUCAAACUAUAUGGGAAGUUUUGAGAAUCCCCGAGCACCACCUCCUGUGCCCCGAGGCCAGGUUGGUAAAGACUUGAUGCCCAGCCGCCCGGCCCCGAAGCCACCCGUCAGUAUGGGCAACCGGCAUAUGCCUCACGGCGCAUAUGCGACCAAAGACUCCGGCAUCGGUAUGUCCCAGUCAGGCGACGAGUCCUACGGCGUGUCCAAGGACGCCGGUCCUAUGCUCCCCGAAGAGCACCGUUCGAGAUCCAACUCCCGCGUGGCUGGACCAACCUAUGCUCCUACUGCUCCGCAACCCAACCCACAACUCGCUCAGGCGCAAGCCGCCGCCUACCAGCAACAAUUGUUGCAACAGCAGCAAGAACAGGCCAUGGCCCAGGCCCAGGCCGCCAUGUCUGGAGGGCUUGGCCGUGCUCCUAGUAAGAGAACUCCUAACCACCACCAGAGUCCAAAUGUGCAGGCAGCUCCUGGGUAUGGCCAGCAAAACGGCACGUACACUGCUUCCCGUCAGCAAGCGCCUGGAGCGGCCGUGCCUGGAGCCAGGCCGCGACACCGAGCUCGUCAAAGCGCAGCUAUCGAUAUUGUCGCCUCCCUGAAGCGUAUUUGCAGCGAAGGUGACCCUCGAGAUAUUUACCGCGGAUUCAACAAGAUUGGCCAAGGUGCUUCUGGAGGCGUUUUCACUGGCCAUGAGCGUGGGACAAACCGUCUGGUGGCUAUCAAGCAGAUGAAUCUCGAGCAGCAACCUAAGAAGGACCUGAUUAUCAACGAGAUUCUUGUGAUGAAGGAUAGCUCACACCCCAACAUUGUCAACUUUAUUGACAGCUACUUGUGUGGCGGCGAGCUUUGGGUCGUCAUGGAGUUCAUGGAGGGAGGCAGCCUUACGGAUGUUGUCACCUUCAACAUCAUGUCCGAGGGUCAGAUCGCUUCAGUGUGCCGUGAGACACUUCUGGGUCUGCAGCACCUGCACUCAAAGGGUGUCAUUCACCGAGACAUUAAGUCUGACAACAUUUUGCUGUCUAUGGAGGGCAAGAUCAAACUGAUAGAAUUCCACCACGGAUUCUGUGCCACUAUCAAUGAAGCCCAGAACAAACGAACAACCAUGGUCCGGAACACCAUACUGGAUGGCUCCCGAAGUCGUCACACGAAAAGAGUACGGACGCAAAGUCGAUAUUUGGUCUUUGGGUAUCAUGGCGAUCGAAAUGAUAGAAGGCGAGCCGCCAUACCUGACCGAAUCUCCUCUGCGUGCUCUUUGGCUUAUUGCCACCAACGGAACUCCUCACAUUAAGAAUGAGCAGGACUUGUCACCCGUUUUCAGGACUUCCUCUACUUUGCACUCAAGGUAGACCCCGAGAAGCGAGCCAGUGCUCAUGAUCUGCUAAGGCACGAAUUCAUGAAGGGUUGCGUUGACCUUAUUCAACUCUCCCCCUUGGUACGAGCUGCUCGAGAACAAAGGGCGCAAGAAAAGGCUCGUAAGGGGCAGUAG